CUGAAGCAGUUCAAGUCCAAGGAGAAGAUAGUGCGCAUGCCUGAAAUGAAAUACCUAACGAGUUUGAGUGUCGCUCUUGCUACCAUGACGUGCUUCGCUAUCGGGUGCCCUCAGUCAUCAUGUGGCACCUUCGAAACGCACCAGUAUGUUUUCAAGAUUGGCCAGUAUGACUGCGAAUGCGAGCCGUUAAGAGCUGGUCAGAUGACGUUUGAAGAAGGGAUAGUAUACGUGUGUGAUGGUAGUGAGUGGAGGGCGCUGCAGUACGAAGCACCAUUGGGUUCCAGAAGUGACCCUGGAUUUUCGUGCAAAGACAUCAAGGCUCACUUGAAGGGCGCGACCAACGGCAUUUACUGGAUCACUUUGACUGACAGCAAAGAUUCUUUCCAAGUUUACUGUGACAUGGACGCUGGAGGCUGGACCAUGGUGUUUAAGGCUGUGAGUGGAAUCAAUAAAAAAGUGUACCCUACAUACAACUCGCCACACACCUCUUCCGAGAAAGUAAUGGCCGCUCUAGAUGUCACCAACAAUCACAAAGAUCAUUACAAGAACAGAAUAGUGUUGAACUGGGCUUACUUCCACGCUUCUGAGGCAAGAGUUGUUCCCUAUACCGGAGGAAAUAUCGUGAAGGAGGUGAAGUUCAACGCGAAGGGAUCAGACAAAUUGAAUUGGUUUUCGGCCCCUAGACUAAUCGACAGCUCCUGGAAAGACAUGAAAUCCCAGCCAAAGAAUGUCAUUUCUAUUCCCGGGCGGCACAAUCGCAACUUCUUCAUCAACAGACAAUAUGGUGGCUGUCCUAACGAUGCCGGAUGGAUGGCAAUCACUGGCCAUUUCUGUGAAUGGGAGAAGCGCUUCAAUCCUCGACAAAAUGUCAUCAUUUACAGCAAACUGCAGAUGUGUUGGUG